AUGCUCAUGCCCUCCGCCCUCUCCUGCGACACGUCGCAGCCUCCCCUCACCCGCCUCCAAGCCGCCAUGUUCGCCUCUCCUCCAGCCAGCCCUCCCUCCCUCUCCCAUCAGGGCGGCUUCGGCAACAUCUUCGACACCUGCCGCUCCCUUCAAGCCCUCCUCACUACUCCCCAACACCAUCAAAACCAAUACGCGACCCAGCAGCCCUCGCCGCCGUCGCAUCACCAACUCCCUUCUCCCCCCCUCGCCCAUGCGCCGCCACCUCUCAAGCUUCGUCUGCGCCCGCGCGCUAAGGUCUCCGCCGAUGGCAUCAACAACGAAAACCUUCCUCGCAGGCGCAUUGCCAAGCGCGCGCCGCCACGCGGGGUGAACAAGCGCCGACGCGCAUCCGACGAUGACAUGGGCCGCGACGACGACGCCUUCAUGACGGACUCAGACGUCGACAGCGACCUCGAGAGUGCGUCGCAACAACAACAAGAACAGCAACAACUACCCCCCUCGACACCCAAGCGCGCGCGCAUCGCGCCAGAGGCUCUCCCUCUCGGCCUCGAACGUUCCGACUUCCACACAUUACACCUCCUCAACGGCGGCGCUUCGUCACAAGAGCACAGCGACAGCCACACAACAGAAGAGCAGGGCUCAAACGUCGAGAUCGAGGCCGAUGGCGAGCCGUGGAGCGCAGAGGACGACAGGAUACUAGUGGAGCUUGUCCUCGAGAAGCUCAAGCUCAGCAAGUCGGAGUGGCAGGACUGCGCGCGCAGUCUGGGCAAGGACAAGAACUGUCUCUCGCGGAGGUGGAAGAGCCUCAUGCUUCAAGGCGAGGUCGGUCUCAAGAACCGGAGGAGUAGCCGCAGGACCAAGAUCCACGGCACUUGGCGGUAG